CUUCCGUGUGGCUGUGGUGCUGAGUGGCUGUGAGCAGCUCUGCUUCCUGAUCCAGCCCCAGCCUCCCCUCCCUCCCCUCCCCCUCACUGUGCAGCAGAGGGGCCACCCCUGGCCCAGGCUGUGAGCCCUCAGUGCUGAGUGAGUGAGUGAGUGAGUGAGUGGAGUGAAGGGGCUGUGACUCCUCUCUGUGCAGAGAUUGGUGUGAAGAUAGCACCAUGUCAUUUCAUUCGGGAAGAGGGGGAUCUGCACCCACUGGCCACGGGACGUUCCCUAAAGCUGGAGGGCCUCGGGGUAGAGGUGCGUCAGGGAAUAGAAUGCCUCAACAAACCUUUCAGCCUCCAAGUUAUCGGCCGUCCCAUCCUCAGCAGCCCCCACCGCUACUUCUGUGUGACCAGCAGGUUACUCCCCCUCCCAGGUUCACAAGCCCACAAAACACAGGCUACGCUCCUCCCAGAGCAGACUUCAUGACCUAUCCACCCAGCGUUCCCCAGCCAGGUGAGGUGGAUAUUAGACAGAAUCCUAUGCAUCAAUGCCCUGUAAGGGCGAGGGCACCAUUCCCUAGCCCUCCGGUCCGCCAAGGGUUUCCUGGCUUGCCUUGCUAUCCUCAGGCCCCUCCUGUGCCCAGUCCCACGCCCGCAGUGUCGGGCACCCCUGACAGGCAGGAUAGUUUCCACCACUUGAUGCCGUCAGCCCCCACUCAGCCACCUCCCUUGCUUGCCCCACCCCAGCAAAUCAACUAUCAGGCUCCGUAUACCAUGAGCUACUCGCAGCAUUUUCAGCUGCAGCAUUUUGGGAACAGCUACCAGCAGAGUUCUGCAACCAGCUCUUACCAGCAGACCAAUCCCUACCAGCAGAGCUGUGGGCCUAGCAUUUACCAGCAGAGCUCUGCGACUGGUGUCUACCAGCAAAGUCCCGGGACCAGUCCCUACCAGCAAAGCUCGGCCCCCAGUGUGUACCAGCAGAGCUGUGGGACCAGUGCCUACCAACACAGAUCUGCGACGAGCACCUACCAGCAGAGCUCCACAUCCAACAGCUGCCACCCCAGCUCAGGAUCCUACCAGUCUGACCACUUCAGACACAAGCAGCACUACCCGGCGGUGAAGUCGCAAAGCGAACGGCGCUCACCAGACCGCGGCCGGCACCACGAGCAUCACCACAAGGGGCAGGGCUACAGGAGCCACAGCGAGCGACACAGGUCAGACUCCCACGGGGAUCGCAGGAACCGGGCCAGGAGCCCCGAACGCAGGAGGUCAGAAAGCAGCCGCCGCAGGUCCAGCCGUGAUCGGGGAAGAUCUCCGACCCGACACAGAAAUCGCGAUCACAGCAGGGAUCGACAGAAGCACCGGGACAGCUACAGGUCCCCAUCUUAUGACAGGCAACAUAGAAGGGAGCGAAAAAGGACACGCAGCCGUUCAAGCAGCAGAGAGAGGAAGAGGCCUCGCUGGGAGGAUGAGAAAGAACGAAGGCGAGAAGGUCACUCCUCAAGCAAGGAGAAAUCUCAGCCCGCCACCCGACCCAAAGAGAUCGAGGAGAACUCCCUCCCUGAGAAAGUUGAAGAAGAGAAAGAGGAUGAAGAUGCACUGAGUACAAAGCCAGUGUGGAUUCGCUGUACUCACUCUGAAAAUUACUAUUCUAGUGAUCCUAUGGAUCAGGUGGGAGACUCCACUGUCGUUGGCACAAGCAAGCUUCGAAAUCUUUACGAGAAGUUUGAAGAGGAACUUGGCCAGAGACAAGCUAAAGCCAAAGCAGCUAGACCACCGUGGGACCCUCCGAAGACCAAAUUGGAUGAAGAAAUCGAUGUCAGCUCCAGUGAGUCGGACUGUGAAUCAGAUGAGGAGAGUGAUGACAGUAGCACGUGCAGCUCAGACUCUGAACUUAUCGACGUCAUUGAGGAAAUCAAGCGUAGAAAGGCUCACCCGGAUCGGCUGCAUGAGGAACUGUGGUACAAUGAUCCCGGCCAGAUGAACGAUGGACCACUGUGUAAGUGCAGCGCAAAGGCCAAACGAACUGGAAUAAGACAUAGCAUCUACCCUGGCGAAGAGGUCCAUGUAGCUUGUCGCCCAAUAACCAACAAUGCAGGUCGACUGUUCCACUACAGAAUUACUGUAUCUCCACCUACUAACUUUUUGACUGACAGACCAACUGUGAUAGAGUAUGAUGACCAUGAAUACAUCUUCGAAGGGUUUUCUCUGUUUUCCCACACGUCUCUUAAUAACAUUCCUUUAUGCAAAGUGAUACGCUUCAACAUUGACUACACCAUUCAUUUCAUAGAGGAAAUGAUGCCAGAGAACUUCUGUGUUAAGGGACUGGAGCUGUUCUCUUCAUUCUUGUUCAGGGACUUGUUGGAGCUGUAUGAUUGGAACAUUCUUGGUCCUCGCUUUGAAGAUGGCACUCCAUCCUGCCCACGAUUUCACUUCAUGCCCCGCUUUGUUAGGUCUCUGCCUGACAGUGGGAAGGAGGUGCUUUCGAUGCACCAGGUGCUGCAUUAUCUCCUGCGCAGCAGCAAGGCUCUCGUUCCCGAGGAGGAGAUUGCUGACAUGUUACAAUGGGAGGAGUUGGAGUGGCAGAAAUACGCUGAGGAAUGCAAAGGAAUGAUCGUUAGCUACCCUGGCAUGAAACCCAGCUCUGUUCGCAUUGACCAGUUGGACCGGGAACAGUUUAACCCCGAUGUCAUAACUUUUCCGAUUAUUGUUCAUUUCGGGAUCCGACCUGCACAGCUGAGCUAUGCUGGCGACCCUCAGUACCAGAAACUAUGGAAGAGCUAUGUCAAACUACGCCAUCUGCUGGCAAAUAGCCCAAAAGUUAAACAAGCAGACAAGCAAAAGUUAGCUCAACGCGAGGAAGCUUUGCAGAAGAUACGACAGAAGAAUACUAUGAGGCGUGAGGUAACUGUAGAGCUGAGCAGUCAAGGGUUCUGGAAGACUGGGGUCCGCUCUGAUGUUUGCCAGCAUGCCAUGAUGUUGCCAGUGCUGACUCACCACAUCCGUUACCACCAGUGCCUCAUGCACCUGGAUAAGUUGAUAGGUUACAAGUUUAAGCAACGUUGUCUGCUGCAGCUUGGAAUGACUCACCCGAGCCAUCACCUGAAUUUCGGGAUGAAUCCAGACCAUGCAAGAAACUCCCUGUCCAACUGUGGUAUCCGGCAACCCAAGUAUGGAGACCGAAAGGUCCACCACAUGUACAUGAGGAAGAAAGGCAUAAAUACCUUAAUAAACAUCAUGUCACGGCUCGGUCAGGACGAUCCAACUCCAUCGAGGAUCAACCACAAUGAAAGACUGGAGUUCCUGGGAGACGCAGUGGUUGAAUUUUUAACAAGUGUGCACUUGUACUUUCUGUUUCCAAACCUGGAGGAAGGAGGCUUAGCUACGUACCGCACUGCUAUUGUUCAGAACCAACACCUUGCUAUGCUGGCCAAGAAACUUGAACUGGACAGAUUCAUGCUUUAUGCUCACGGACCAGACCUCUGUCGGGAAUCAGACUUACGUCACGCUAUGGCAAACUGCUUUGAAGCUCUAAUAGGUGCGGUCUAUCUAGAAGGUGGUCUGGAAGAAGCAAAACACUUGUUUGGUCGACUACUGUUUGAUGGCAUGGACCUGCGGGAAGUUUGGCUUAAUUAUCCUCUGCACCCUCUGCAACUGCAGGAGUCACAUUCUGACAGACCCCUGAUCAACACGUCUCCUGUUCUAAAGAAACUAACUGAGUUUGAAGAAAUAAUUGGAGUUGAUUUUACCCACAUACGGCUUCUGGCUCGAGCCUUUACCCUACGCACUGUUGGAUACAACCAUUUAACUCUAGGUCACAAUCAGAGGAUGGAAUUCCUCGGUGACUCGAUAAUGCAAUUGGUAGCCACUGAGUACUUAUUCAUACAUUUCCCGGACCACCACGAGGGGCACUUAACGCUGCUACGAAGUUCUCUGGUGAAUAACCGUACUCAAGCCAAAGUGGCAGAAGAACUAGGCAUGCAGGACUUUGCCAUCACUAAUGAUAAAACCAAAAGGCCAGUAGCACUACGAACCAAGACUUUGGCUGACCUGCUGGAAUCAUUCAUAGCAGCACUUUACAUCGACCAGGAGCUGGAAUUUGUCCGUACUUUCAUGAAUGUAUGUUUCUUCCCACGAUUGAAGGAGUUUAUCCUAAACCAGGAUUGGAAUGAUCCCAAGUCUCAACUUCAACAGUGUUGCCUGACCCUUCGAACAGAGGGUAAAGAGCCAGACAUCCCUCUGUACAAAAUUCUUCAGACAGUGGGGCCAUCUCAUGCCAGGACAUACACUGUUGCUGUGUACUUUAAAGGGGAGAGAAUUGGCUGUGGCACUGGUCCAAGCAUUCAGCAAGCAGAGAUGGGAGCAGCAAUGGAUGCAUUGGAAAAAUAUAACUUUCCCCAGAUGGCUCAUCAGAAGCGCUUCAUUGAACGGAAAUACAGACAGGAGUUGAGAGAAAUGAGGCGGGAAAGAGAACGACAGGAGAAGGAUCCCGAUGAGACUGAGGAGAGCAGAAAAUAAACGAGUACAUGAAAACUGUGGCAUAUUUACCUUCUUAAAAACUGCAAUUCUAGCCACGUUGGCCUUUGGGGACUUAACCUAUUUUUAAUGUGAAAGUGAACGAGGAGCCAUGAAACAAGUAUACCAAGAAUGGGAUACAGUACCCACUCUUUGUAAUGAGGUAUGAAACACACUCUUGCAGAAGAGGCUUUGCAUUGGAGACAUUGCUAUUUGUUUCAUGUUAUUUAAAUAUUCUCUGAGUGGGCUUGAUUUUUUUUUAAAGUUGUGUUUUUAAUUCUUUCAUUUCAGUGUCGUGAUUUCUAAUUGUGUGGUUUUAAUUUUGUUAUAGUGCAACCCUGUUAUAAUGCGCUUGCUGGGUCCAAUCUUUCAUGCCCCACGUUUUCAUGGCACUAAAAGUGCCAUGGGUUAAAAUAAUAAUAAUCCUUCCAUUUGAUAUAGUGCUUUUUACAUCUUC